GGUUAAGGCAUAGAAUGCGUAACCCUCAGAGGCAUCCGAAUCAGGCUAGCGCGCCAUUCAGUCCUAACGCGGCGCGAUUCCGCGUCUACAAACAAUGACAAGAGCAACACGGCGAUACAACCACAGAGCGACACCGAUACUACAAACACCUUCAGAAACCUCUAAAACUGAAGCACAACUCCAAAAUGACACGCGACUCAACAGCAACCUACCUCCACAUGCACUCGUCGCACCACGCCGACCUCCUCGAGCAAUUCACCAACCUCACCUCCUCACAACUCACACCGGAAGACAUCUAUAUCCCGCCGCACCUCCAACCCGUAAACCCCGAAGACGAAGACGACGUCGUCCCAGACCAACACGCCGCAUUCGGCAUCCAGCGAGCGACCCAGACAAAGAAGGAGCCCACGUGGCGGGAUCUUGGACUGGAUGAACUACUGAGACGAGGCCCCAUGGUCGGCGGAAGCGGCAGUGGUAGCGGGACUGCUGUUGCGAGUGGUGGUGGGAUUGUCGGGCAGGGAAGAGAGGAGCCGGUUCGGUUGGCGUUGGCGAGGCAGCCGGGUGCGAGGAUGGGGAUUAGGACGGGGAAUGGAAGUGGUGAGAGUUCUGGGAGUGGGGGUAGUGGUGCCAGUGGUGCAGCUGGAAAUGGGUUGCCGCGAUGAAGGGAGGCUGCAAACUCGGAGGCGGGCUCUGGAAAUGGUAGCAAGACACCAUCCCCAGCUUUGCGAAACGAGUCACGAGCAGUGGGCAGGUUGUCAUGAUGCUCUAGCUAGAGCUGCUAUACCGGUGUCUCAAGGCUGCUCCAGCAGGGACGUUGGCGUCGGCUUCACAGCCUCCUACAAUCGCCGAUAAAGGCCACACGAAGUGGUACUUCUGGGCGCAUACCCAUCACUACGGAUGACUUCACGAGACCUUUCUGGACGAGAAGCCUCGACAUAGAACGAGCAUGGAAAACAAGCCUGUUCGCGCAAGGAUUCAAGACUUGUGUUAUGUCUUUAGUCAAGGUGUGACCACUUCGUAGAUGGACAGGACAAACUUGCUUUCACAAGAUUCAAUACGACGUGAUACAAUCACGCACAUCAUGAAUAGCACGUUGGGUGACGAGAUGUGACAGAAAUUU